AUGGACAGAUCAAUAACUGUCCUAUUCGGUUCAGAGACUGGGAAUGCACAAGAUUUUGCAGAAACGCUGACGAGGAGUUUGGAAAGACUACAUUUCAAAGUUCAUUUAUCUUCUUUAGAUGAUUAUGAUUUGAAAAAUUUAUUAUCAGUUAGAUUAUUAAUUAUUUUUUGUUCAACAACUGGUCAAGGUGAAUUCCCUAAAAAUUCAAGAAAGUUUUGGAAAUUUAUGCUCAAGAGGAAACUACCCAAUGAUUUAUUAAAUCAUUUAUAUUUUACAACUUUUGGUCUUGGUGAUUCUUCUUAUCCAAAAUUUAAUUGGGCUGUUAAAAAAUUACAUAAUAGAAUUUUACAAUUAGGUGGUGUGGAAUUUAGUAAAAGAGCUGAAAGUGAUGAACAAAGUUCUCAAGGUGCUGAUGGUUAUUAUAUUGAAUUUCAAAAUUUACUUUUGAAAAAUUUAAAUGAAAAAUUCCCAUUACCUUUAGGUCAAACUCCAGUACCUGAUGAUGUUAAAUUACCACCAAAAUUUCAAAUAUCAAUUGAUUUGAAAAAACCUAAAAGGAAAACUGAUACUUUGAUAAAAGAAAUUGCAUUAACAAGAAAUGAUCCAAAUUUAAGAAUUGGAACAGUAGAGAAAAACAUUAGAAUUACUUCAGAUGAUCAUUUCCAAGAUGUUAGACAUUUUUCAAUAUUAGAUAAAACCCAACAAUUAAAUUAUCAACCAGGUGAUACUAUAUCUUUAUUCCCAACUAAUGACCCUAAAGAAGUUGAUUCUUUAUUAGAAAUUCAAGGCUGGACAGAAAUUGCUGAUAGAAGAAUCUUAAUUGAAGAACCUUACCCAUUAAUUGAUGGUUCUUUCAUCAAAACACCUACAUUAAGAUCAUUAUUUACACAUCAUUUAGACUUGAGAUCCAUACCAAGAAGAUCAUUUUUCGCCCUUUUAUAUCAUUUUGCAUCUGAUGAAAGAGAACGAGAAAAAUUAAAAGAAUUUAGUUCUUAUAAAGAUCCUGAAGAAUUAUAUAAUUAUGCAAAUAGACCAAGAAGAUCUAUCUUAGAGACUAUACAAGAAUUUUUUUCGGUUAAAAUACCAUUAGAAUAUAUUUUGGAUUUAUUCCCAUUAAUUAAACCAAGAUUAUUUUCCAUUGCAUCUUCACCAAAUUCUUCAAAAGUUGAAUUAACUAUCGCUGUGGUGCAAUAUAAAACAAUGAUUAGAAGAAUUAGAAAAGGUUUAUGUACAUCCUGGUUGAAAAACUUAAAAGAAGGUGAUGAAAUAAUUUUUAGAAUUGAUAGAAAUAAUUUAAAAUUACCAAAACCUGAAGUUCCAAUAAUAAUGAUUGCACCAGGUACUGGUAUUGCACCAAUGAGAUCAUUAAUUCAUCAAAGAGUUUUCGAUUUUAAUGCUAAUAAAAAUCAAUUAUAUUUAUUUUUGGGUAAUAGAUAUCAUAACAAGGAUUUCCUUUAUGGUGAAGAAUGGAAAGAAUUAGAAAAAAAAGAAAGAUUAACUCUAUUCACUGCUUUUUCAAGAGAAAAUGGUGGUUAUGUUCAAGAUCAAUUAUAUUUACAAUCUGAAUUAAUUACAGAAUUAUUAACUCAUGGUAAUGCGGUUAUUUAUAUUUGUGGAUCUUCGGGUAAAAUGCCAAAUCAAGUUCGUAUGACUUUUGAAACUAUCUUGGAGGAAACUAAAGGAUUAAGUAAAAAUCAAGCAAAACAAUAUUUAUUAGAAUUAGAAGCAAAUAAUAGAUAUCUACAAGAAACUUGGUGA